UACACAUCUUUACAACAUCAUCACAGCGAGAUGGACGAGGCGCGUUUUGUCCGCCACAAGGACCUCCACCUCAACGCUUGAACAGUGGGUGCUCCCGGCGCGUCGUCAUUGUGCUACGCACGAGCACGAACACGAAGAUAUCGCAAGUAGAAGCACGAGGAAGCAACGCAAACGUCUGUUCUUCGGGUAGUUUCAACAGUUUCCCUCUGUGGACGGCCCUCGUUCGGCGAUUAUGAUCGAC